AUGUCGCAAGCCAUCCGUCUCUCGGUCUUUCUACUGGGGCUGCUCGUCCUCGCAGCUACCGCCUCGGCGUUUGAAAUCACCUUCCCUGGCCCUGCCAACUACUGGGUCGCCUGCGGUUGGAACAACAUGACAUGGAAAAGCGACACCACAGAUCCCAAGAUCGUCACCAUUAUGCUGACCAACUCGAACAAGACGCUGCUGAACGACGAUUUUGAAAUCGGUAAUGCUCUGCAGGGAUCGGACAAUGCAGCGAUGGUCUAUAUUCCGUGCUUGGCUGCUGCGAGCGGAUACUCUUUGUUGUUUGUCGAUGCUAACAAGUAUGAUCACAAGCAGAACAAGGUGCUGUAUAGCUCAUCGCAAUUCUACAUCAAGCCUAAAGGUUCCAGUCCCGAUCCGGCUUCCGGUCAAUCGAGCAUCCCUAGCGAGAAUCAGCCGUACUUCAACACGCCCGGUAUUGUGCUUCCGCCUCCAGCCAAGCCGGACCAGGUGACCAACACCACUGCAGGGCCUAACUCGAACAACGAGGCGCUUCCGAGGUUGGACGGCUCUUCGGCUUCGUUCGGCAGUUUCCAGCCUGUACAGCAUACCAAUUCGGCUUUGGGCAUGCUGUUCAGCGAUCUGCUGUUUGUGCUUGUCAUCGCUGCGUUUACGGCUCUUGUUGUCACUUGGUGA